AUGCUCUGGGAUGCGGGUAAUGACUCUGGCUUGGAACUUGCGGGUAAUGAUUUAGGUUGUGAUAAUUUCUUCGGAUCAGCUUCUGAAGUUUCAACAAAUAAAACUGCCUCUUUAUCAACAGCUGCUGACUCAUUGCCGUUUGAAAUUGUCGGCCUUCCCGAUUCUUCAUUCUCAUUCUCAUUUAAACUAGACUGGUUCGUUUCCAUCAUUUGA